AUGAUGCAGCCCCGUGUACUGCAAAAUGAAGAAAAGCAGAGUGAGGUUCGUCGCCUAGUCGACAGCCUCGACAGGGACUUAUCCGAGAAGAAGCUGUCGUCGACAGAGAAGGCUAAUAUGAUCCUGACCCUCCGUCAACAUGGUACGAAUCCGGAUAACGCAGACGCCAUUUACUCCAAAAACGGGGUUGCACUUCUUAUAAAAUAUGGAUUGGACGGGGAAAUACCCGAUAUUCGACGGGGCGCCCUCCGUACCAUUGCCAAUGCGCUCUUGCUAAAAAGCGACAUGAGGCAGGUUUUGGUUGAUACAGGGUGUGUCGGAAGGUUAGCGGAGAAGCUAAAGACCGACAACUCUGAAGACGAGAUGAUUGUUGCCCGCAUCCUCUUUCUUACUACAUACGAUACAGAUUUGAACUUCAAAACAUUAAUAACCGAACAUUCUCUUGGUGAAAAUAUACAUUAUCAAAUAAUACGCCACUCAAAGCAAAUACCCAAGAGUGGGAAAAAGACACUUACACCCAUCGACGAAGCAGCUUUUACUGACGUCCUGAAAUUGCUCUUCAAUGUCUGCAAACUCAAUCCCGAUCUAGCUGAUACAUUCACCCAGUCGAUUCCAUAUAUGCUCAAAAUUAUCACUCGAAUAGAUGUCCCACAACAACCACUUGACGGCCUAAUUAGUUAUCUUGUCAAUGCUCUAUCAACAUUGGAUCUUUCAGAUAAGCCGGGAAAAUUUGAAAGCAGCCCGUUCUUCCCAAAAUUCAACCCGAACUGCAAUGUCGACAAGUUGAUUAAUGUACUGGAUGCGGCAGUGCGACAUUAUGAAGCGGACCAGCUGGAGACUAGGAUAGUUCCUUUGAUAGAGCUGCUUCUUACCAUAUAUGAACAAGCCCCAGAAGGCCCGAGAAAGUACAUGGAAUGGCUUCUGCUUCCCGAAGACCAGGAUCGCAGCGUCCCCAUUGGACGAAGCGACACGUUAUCCUCCAAGUUGUUGGUGCUUUCUACAACUCCAUCCGUGCAUCUCAAGACAGCAAUUUCAGAACUUUUCUUUGUUCUUUCGGGAAAGAACGCCGAAACUCUGACAAAGAAUAUUGGGUACGGAUAUGCUGCAGGUUUCCUUGCUUCACGGGGCAUAGAAAUUCCACAAGAUGCGAACGAAGCUUUUGCCACGAAUCAGAGCAAUAUCAAUCCUGCCUUCAACCCAAUCACUGGUCAACGAUGGGAUGCUGAGCCACAAGAUACUGGGCCUGCGAUGACCGAGGAAGAAAAAGAGCGGGAAGCCGAACGGCUAUUUGUGCUUUUUGAAAGAGCCCGUGCCAAUGGAUUCAUCGCGGAGAAUCCUGUCGCCCAAGCCGUGCGAGAGGGAAGAUUUGAGGAGCUUCCAGACGAUGCCGACAGUGAUCUCGACUAG